UUUAACAAUAGUUACCAAUUCCGUGCAAUAAUAUUAGGCAAUUAAUUACAAAACCAACGUGCAAUAUUCAUCAACUAGCAACAAUAACAGCUGAGCCGAUAAUAGUGUAAUGUUCUGGAUAGCGCCCUUUGGUCAAUAAAAUGCCAACACUUUGUUUGUUGUUGUCCCCUGUUGUUGCCAAGGAAACGAAAAACCCAAACACAACAAGUUACGUCGCAGCUCGGUCGAUCUUCUGUGUGUGUGUGUGAGCGCCACACUUCCUUCCGGUCUAAUUUUCAUACCAAAUGAAGGAUAUCGUACAUACAGGCAACGAAAUUAAAAUUUUCUUUUUAUUUCUUUAAAAUUAACUACAAUAAAAUGACCAAAAAGUGCAAAUAAAUUACUUUUGAAAUGCACAUUAUCGGCCAGGAUACCGACAGAAGCCCUCGAUGAUACUACACAUUUGAUAUGCUGUUAGGAACUUAAGUAACUGAAUACAUUUAAGUACCGCAAUUGCCUUACAACGAGAGAGCGAGAGAGUUGGAGAGGGAGAGAGAUAAAGAGAGAGGACGCGAGCGAGAAAAGGAGAUCAACUGCUGUCUAGUCAACGAAUUUCGCAUCGAAAGUGCAAAACUCUGGCCUUUUACUUUAACCAAACGACUUGUAGAAUAAAUACAUUUUACAAAUACAAUUAAGACCUAGAUUGUAGAGCAUUAAGCAAAUGAAAUGAGCACACGCUUGGCAACCCAGCGCCAGUUCAUCAUCACGACGAGCGCCGCCGUUGAAGCCGCCACAGUAGAUGCCAGCCAAACAGAUCCCAAGGAACAGCAACAGCAGCUUGUGCCUAAAGCUUCUGGCGAUGUGCUGACCGUAGAGCCGAGGACACCCGCAACACCGACAACUCAUGCUGAGGAGUUUGAGUUCUGCACCGAGGAUGGAGUUGUUGUGGCUGCCACUUUGGAGGAUGUCAUGACACAGAAUUGCCAGCUCUUACAAAAGAAACUGAGAGACGGCAUUGGCGAUGACACCACAACGACCACCGAUCAAUUGGAGGUCAUUCGCGUAGUGCUGCCCAUGGAUACCAGUGACUCGAGCCAGGAAGCGCACCUUCACGCCCAUAUCCAUGCCGUUAAUAAUGUUAGCAGCAGCGAGCAGGGAGCCACGGGCACAACCAACAGCACAACCACCAUACACACUUUGCCGGGCUUGAGUGCCAUCAAGAGUGGCGUCGAUCUAGCGCAACAAGUAGCCAAUGGCCAAUUGACCGUGGUGCAGGCUACCGAGGAUGAUGAAGGCACACCAUUCAUCACUGUAACGGUUUCCGGUCAGGAUCAAAACUAUCAAGUGCAAUAUGUUGACUCGGAGCUGUAUCAUAGUAAUUCCAGCCAGACACAAAUGACGUAUCCGUUCUGUCCGGUGGGCGACUACCAGAGCAAUGGCCAGACAUACUACUCAACCUCGGCAGCCACCGGUAACUAUACAACCACUACGGCAGGGAGCACAGCGAAUGCACACUCCACGACGCUGCCGUACCUGGUUCCAGUGGACGAUACCCUGUUGUUGAAUGGGUCCUCGCAAUCACACAGCCGGGACUCACCGCACAGCCUGACGCAUGAGGUAUCCUACAUACAGGAGGCGCAGAGCACACCGCAAACGCCCACCUCCACAACAACCACCAAUUCAGCCAGCGGCGGCAGCAUCGGCAACGGGGUCGAUGGGGCGUCGCCCGAUAGUGACCAGAGCGCCAUGGCCACCAGCAACAAAAUUGCCUCGGCAACGAUUAAGUGGCUAUCGCGCAACUACGAGACGGCCGAUGGAGUCAGUCUGCCACGCUCUACGCUGUAUAACCACUACAUGCAGCACUGCAACGAGCAGAAGCUGGAACCGGUGAAUGCAGCCAGCUUCGGCAAGCUGAUACGCUCUGUGUUCUCCGGUCUGCGCACACGUCGCCUGGGCACACGCGGAAACUCAAAGUACCACUAUUAUGGCAUUCGCAUCAAGCCCGGAUCGCUACUAAUCCAUCAGUCCAUGGAGGAUAAAUCGCUGCAGGGCUAUGGCACCCCGCCUGGCAAUGGAGCCAUCGCCAACGUCAGCAGCAGCAACGCCAGCCAACUGGUCAGCUCAAAUGGUAGCAAUGGAAUGACCUCGUCUUCUGGCCAGCGCAAUGCUGGCGCCAAGAAGCACAAUUUCAAGCCGGAAACCUACGAGGCGUGCAUACAGUACAUUGGCGACGGUGCUGGCGCAAUGCCAGUCUUUCCGCCCAUCGAACUGAACCACAGCUUUCACACUGAACUCACCCUGGAUGAUGUGGACACGUUCCGUGCCCUGUACCGUGAGCACUGCGAAUCAUUUCUGGAUGCUGUGCUCAAUCUGGAGUUUGGCACAGUCGAAUUUUUGCUGCGUGACUUUUGGCGCACCUCGGACAACAACAAUCUGGACGAGUGCGAGGAGGAGAAGUACUUGAGCAAGACAAAGCUGUAUCUGUUGUGCCACUGCGCAGAAGUGCAAAAGUUUGUUCGCGAGGUGGACUAUCAGUUCUACCAGAAUACAGUGGACGUAAUAAUACCGGAUGUACUCCGCUCGAUACCCAAUGCACUCACACAAGCAAUUCGCAACUUUGCAAAAAACCUGGAGCUGUGGCUGUGCGAAAGUAUGCUGGGCGUGCCGGAGCAGCUUUCGCAGAUCAAGACCAGCGCUGUUUCGGCAUUUUGCCAGACACUGCGUCGCUACACAUCUCUUAAUCAUCUGGCACAGGCGGCACGGGCUGUGCUUCAGAACGGUGCGCAGAUAUCCCAAAUGCUAAACGAUCUUAAUCGCGUGGACUUUCACAAUGUACAGGAGCAAGCCGCCUGGGUAAGCCAAUGUGCACCAGCUGUGGUUCAGCGUCUGGAGAACGAUUUCAAGGCGGCACUGCAGCAGCAAAGCUCAUUAGAGCAGUGGGCCAGCUGGCUGCAGCUUGUCGUCGAAUCCGCGAUGGAGGAGUACACAGGCAAGCCAAGUUACGCGCGAGCCGCACGUCAGUUUCUGCUUAAAUGGAGCUUCUACAGCUCCAUGAUCAUAAGAGACUUGACACUGCGGUCCGCAUCGAGCUUCGGCAGCUUUCACCUAAUACGCCUGCUGUUCGAUGAAUACAUGUUCUAUCUGGUGGAGCACAAGAUAGCCGAGGCGCAGCAGAAGACGGCCAUAGCGGUCAUUUGUGAGCGCAUGAAGAAAGAAAUGGACUUUGAAUUCGAGUGUCAGUUCGCCUACAUAACCAGCGAUGGGGAACAACAAACAACGGCUAGCUCGGUCAGUGGAGCUGGUCCAUUAGCUGCUGCUGCAAGUGCCACUAGCGCAGGCAACGAAGCCAAGCGUCUGAAGCAGGAAUGAGUGGUAUGCAGUGCAACACAGGCGAAUAGCCUGGCUUUGUAUGUAUCGAGUAAUCAUAGAAUUUAUGUUAACUGAAAUUAUUUGGCUAUACCAAAUCGAUCCCCCAUUCAAAAGGUCCGUUUCAACUGUGCAUUUAAAAGUCAAAGAUGUGUCUAUGUAUUCGUGUAUUAGGUUGUAGAUUAAGUUCUUCUCAACUGUAAACAUAAUCAGUUAGCUUUUAGGCAUUUGUAUGUUUGUCUAUAUGCAAGCAGAUUAAAUAUUAUUAUAUAUUUAAAGAAUUGCCCCCACAUUCAAGUAAGGAACCGUCCAAGCAGCAAGCUAGUCACGCCCUUGCAGCGUUGGCCUUGUCUGAUCUGAUUAUGUAUUAAUGGGAUACACUUUAGUUUAAGUACAUGUGCAUUAGUAUUUGUGAACUUAGCCUCUAACUAAACUAUGAUACUUGUGUUUAACUUUAAGAAAAGCUAUUUGUCACAUCAGUUUUGUCUGGUUUCAACGAAAAUUGUACAGCAUAGUGCUCGGCGCAUACAUGCACAACGAAAAAGCACACACCCCCAUUUGCAUUUGCAUGUGAAGGUACGCACAAAAACACAUCUACCAUAUGCACUGAUUGCAGAACUGUAUAGAUUAGUUAAGGAAGCAAAAAAAUCUGGCUGGAACGGCUUGCUCAAUGGAAAACUAAGUUAAGUAAACUACAGGCCUUAAAUGUGCAAAUAUGAACACUCAAUUUUUAAAAACCAUACAUUUUACUGCAUACCUACGUACAUGUGUUUGUAUCUGAAAAAUAAAUAAACACACACACACACUUAUAUACAUAUAUAUGUAUAGAUAUAUUUAAACUGCAACUGAACAUUUGUAUGGUAAUUCCUGAAGCAUAUACAAAGCAACAAGUACAGAGAAAUAUUUUAACAGAGGCACCCAAGAAAGUAUUUUAUGCCAUUUUAGGUAUUUAUUCUAGCAAGAAAACCUUUUGUAAGCCAUUCAACUAGAAUAAGCUAAACGCAGGAGAUACAAUGUAAGAAACUCAAAGAAAUCUAGUCUUAGAAGGAAUAUCUCUUGCAAACGAGAAAACAAGAACAUUUUGCAUACGGCAAGGUCCGAAUUGUAAAAAAUUAAAUCACAACCAAUCAAAGUGAAGUCUUAUAUAACUGUCAAUAUAUAAGUCAGUAUAUUAUUCCUAUUGUGCUAAUGCUCUCAAAAUUUUAAAUCUGUGUGUUUCCCAAUAUUGUUGUAUGACCUAUCUUUAAGAACUGAGUUUUACGAUAUCAUUGCGCAAUAAAAAAACUCAACGUCAUUAAGUUUACACAAGCUGUAUUGCUGCCCGAUUUUGUGGUACAGUUUUAAUAUAGACGCGAAAUCGGACCAGUAGGCUUUACGAUUGCUUUCCAAGCAAAAUUGUUCGAAACAAAAGAAAUUAUACAAAACUUAUUGCUCAAUCUGCAAAUACUAAGCUGAAAUCUUGAGCUUUAUUGGUUGCAAAAGCAAAACCUAAAUGAAACGAAAACAAAAUGGAAUAUCAAUUCAAAUCAAAUCUACCUAUUUAUAAAUGUGAAAUAAAGAUGUCUUAAAAGUAAAUAAACGUAUUUAUUUCUAUCGAAUGGUGUGCUAACCUUUUAUACUUGCGCUGUAUGUAUAAAUGUAAUUCUGUUUUUUAAGGAAGCAAGUGACAUCUCCUUUAGUUGGAACUGCCUGAUUCGGAGAUGCCGUGUACCACUAUUUACCUACCGCCCAGAUGCCAUAAGAAACAUUCCGAAUACAUGUUAUGUAUACGUAUGCAAGAACAUGCACCAUACGCAGAGGCUGUGCUUCUUCCCUUUUUCAUAAUUUUAGUCGUUUAAAUAAAGUUG